UAUAGACAACAUCCAUGUAUUUGGAAUCCUAAAAAUGUUAAAUAUAAAUGCAGAGAAUCAAAAAAUGAUGCAUGGAAUGCAGUUUGUUCAGCUGUAGGGUGCUUAUCUCAGGAAGAGGCAAAAAGAAAAAUCCGUAAUUUGGUGGCUCAGUUUUAUAGAGAGAAAAAAAAAUAUCGCAGCAUGAAAAAAUCUGGAGCAGGCGCUCAGUUUCAUUCCAAGUGGUUUGCCUACGAUGCAUUAGUAUUUCUUCGAGACAAAAACAAAGUCCGCCCAUGCAAGGAAAGUGAAGCUGAGAACGUGGAUGACCUUAAUGACUCUUCCUCCGAAACGGAUUUAGAUGAUUCACAAGUAACAGAUUGUGAUGAAGGUGGAAAUGAGACCCAAGAAUUUCAAGAUGCAGAAAAUGGCAACGAAGGCAUGAAAGACUUGUAUGACGAUGGUUCUCAAAACCCAUCAACAUCUAACGCUGCUUGUGAGAAGCCUUCGGCAUCUAACAAAUCCUCUCAAGAGCCUCGUAAAAAAACCGUGGAAAAUCCGAACAGCACAAAUGUUGAUGAAUUUAAACACCCUAAUAAAACUAGACGUGUCACACAAACACUUACAAGAAAAAUCGAUGAUAACGCUCGAAAAGAAGAGGCAUAUAAAAUAAUUCAAGACAUACAAAAUAAACGACAGCGAGACAAAUUCGAUGUAUUUGGAGAACAUAUGGCGUGUAAAAUUAGGGAUUUGAAUAUCACUUGCGCACAAAAUAUUGUAGAACAUCUUAUAGGUAAUAUUUUGUUCGAUGCAAGUAUGGGUAAAUAUGAUUAUGGAAUGCCACAAUCAACUAACACAUAUGAGCCAAUUUUAUCAAUGCAGCCUUCCACGAGACCACAAUCACAUUCAUCGUAUUGCAGCACACCAGCUAUAUCACCAGCGGAGACAUACAUACAAAACUCUUCAGACUCCUCUACUGCUUUUGGUUCCUCAAACAUUCUCGCAGAGGCAUUUCAAUUAAGUAACAUGUAAAACUUCUAAAGUUAUCAAUAAAAAAGUACAAUAAAGUUUACUUACCUUAA